AUGCCCAUCAGAAAUACCAUGUCUGUGUUGUCUAAAAAUCUGAAGGUUGCUCUGUUGCAAUUCCAUGCUGGUGCUGAUAAGAAGGCCAAUUUGCAGAAAGUGAAGGAGUUUGCCAGCAAGGCAAUUACCCAACACCCUUCGUUGGAUCUGCUUGUUCUUCCAGAAUGUUUCAACUCUCCGUACUCGGUGGAGGAGUUCAAGAACUACUGCGAGCCAAUUCCCGGCGGAGAAACUACAGAGUUUUUGUCGAACCUCGCAAAGGAACACAAAGUUAGCAUUGUCGGGGGUUCAUUCCCUGAACUGGGCUCCGAUAAUAAAAUAUACAAUACUUCGCUCACUUUCGACAAGACGGGAAAGAUCAUUGCGAAGCACAGAAAGGUGCACUUGUUCGACAUCGACAUUCCGGGCAAGAUGACUUUCAAAGAGUCCAUAUCGCUGGCUCCAGGAGAUAAAGCCACAGUGUUCCAGCUCGAAGACUUCUGUAAAGUGGGUCUGGGAAUCUGCUACGAUAUCCGGUUCCCAGAACUUGCCAUGGUGGCUGCCAGACAGGGCGCAGGAAUCAUGUUCUAUCCAGGAGCGUUCAACACCGUGACCGGACCAAAGUUCUGGACCAAGUUUGCGGUUGCCAGGGCUAUCGACAACCAGGUGUAUGUCGUGAUGUGCUCUCCAGCCAGAAACGUGGCUGGUGGUGGGUACCAGGCGUACGGCCACUCGAUGGUGGUGGAUCCAAACGGAGACGUUUUGGUGGAGGCUGGCCACGACGAGGAUAUCGUCUACUGCGAGCUCAAGCCAGACGUGAUCACCGAGGCCAGGAAGAACAUUCCGAUCUCCACACAGAGAAGAUUCGACGUCUAUCACGACGUGGCCUCCGAUGCGGUCGCCAAGGACAUCUAG